GAUCGAUUGGUCAUAGCGUCUCCUAGCGUAAAUAUGGCGGCGUUUUAGUAUAUUGUUUUAUAGAGAACAUUGUAAAUAUUUGUAGAUUCUAUGAAACAGCGGUAUAGUGUAAAGAAGAAUUUCAAAAUGAGAAAGUCUCCUCUAAGUACGCCAAGUGGUAGUAAAGAAAAACAGAAUUAUAAUUGGAAAUCAAAUGGCUAUAAAAAUAGGACAGAUUAUAGUUAUCGUAAAAGUGAUAGUUAUCAGUGUACUUCGUCAAAUGGUAGUCAAAGAUAUUCUGGAAAUGAUUUUAUUCCUUUAAAUAAUAGUAUGCCAGUACCAGAAUAUAAAAAGUUCAAUAAUAAUUGGCAUGGUUCUGAAGGCCACAAUCAUCGUAAUUCAGGCAGUGGUGGAUUUAACCAUUACCGGAACAAUUAUCAUUCAACUUCAAAGUUAAAUUUCAAUAAUUCAUACUCUCCUUACAAGCACUCUGUCAAACAACUCUUUUAUGGACAGAAAAAGGGUUUCCAAAAGGAUAAGCAUAGACAGAGUGACAUAUCAUGUUAUAUAGAUAUGAAAUCUUUUUUGGAAGAUCCUUGGGCAGAACUAACAAAGAAGUUAAUGAAAGAUAAAGAAAUAAAUGGGAAUGAAUCACCAAAAAUUGAAUUGUCAUUAUCGUCGCAAUUAGCUUGUGUAGAUACAGAAUCGUAUUUUGAAUCUAAAUCUAUAUCAAGCAUUGAUAAUUCUUGCUUUAGCCCAGAAUCCAAGAGUGAAUCUUCUAUAGAUGCAAAAUUGGGGUUGGAUGAUACAGAUAUUAGUAAUGUAUCAAGAAUAGAGAAUUCAAUAGAUUUAAAACUUGACAAUGUAAGAUUUAGUCAAGAAUCAAAAAAUGAUAGUGUUUGCAAUAAUAGUGGUGAUAGUGUUAAUGAAGGCAUUCACAAUGAAGAUAAUGUUAAUAAUAUUAAUGAUAUUUGUUCAUCAAAGAUGAAUAUUAUUCAAGAUCUCAAAUAACAGUAACAAAGAAUAAAAUGCGCUUAAGAAGAAUAAUAAUUCUUUGGUUUGGUGCAUGAUACAUUUCAUAUUGUAAAUAUGGAUGUAUAAUAUAACAAUUCAAUUAUAUAUAGAUAUUAUCUAAAUCUAUGAAACAUCAGUUUCAGAUUUUUUGAAUAAUAUUCUAGUAUAUAGUUAAAAAAAAAAAGAAAUUAACGUUUUAGUAAUGUGAACUCUUUUUCCGGUUUGAAAAUAGUUCUAUCGCAGAAGCAUAUCUAUAUGCAAAAUACAAUGUAUUGAAAUUAUCUUUUAAAUUAUAUUUUCACAAAAAGGCUGUGAAAAAGAAUGAAUGUAGUUUAUGUGAAAAAAAUUAUACAUGUGCAAUUCUUUAGUGUAUACUAAAAAGGAAGUACAUAUGGGACAUGAGGGAACAUUAAACACCAAUUUCUCAGUAAUAGAUUAAGUCAGGAAGAACAUUUGAAGACAUAGCGAACAAGCUAUAGUAUGAAUUAGACUUAUAAAUUGAUUUUAAAUUUACCAAAUCUAAGCAAUUAGUAAUUAUGUAAAAGAAUGCUUGCAUCCCUGAACAUUUUUGGAUGACGACUAUCAAUCAAUUUGACUUUGUUAAACCACAUAUAUGUCUAUUAGCACUUCUUCUCACAACAGAACAGAAAUGUACAAAGGAUUAAGAAUGUUGUAACAUGCAUGUAGUAAAUGCAAUGCAUUAUACACAAAUGUAGAAUUAAAUAACCAUAAAUCAUGUGCAGACAUAUAUGACAUUGAUCUUAAAUCUUUAGUUAUGUAAAAACAAUGCGUUUAUACAUAUUAUAUUAUUUUUAAUUUAAAUCAUAAUCAGUUGUUUAUUUUUGUUAAAAUUCUUUAAGUAGCAAAUUAACAUACACUUUAAUUGCAUUUUGAAUUAAAGAGAACGUACUAACAUGAAAUAUGAAAACAUUCAUAAAAUUAAAACGAUGAAGUGAUAGGGUAUUAAAUUUGUAGAAUUGUUAUCAUAGAAAAAGAAAAAUACACAAAAAAUUACUUAUUUCCGGACUUUAUACAUUUUUAUAGCAUGUUUUAACGAGCAAUGGAGCAUAGAAGGUGACAAAGGUGUCCUAUAUGUUUGAUUAACAUGCUAACGUAAUGUACAAAUGAUGAUCUGGUACAAAGAUUUACAUAAUUUAAGAAAUUCCUGUUUGUUUCUCCAAAUUGUGAUUUUACAUGAUUGUGCAAAGGAUGUAAUUGAUGUCAAACACAUUAAUUGUAUGAGUAAUCUGUACAAGAGAAAAUUGUACAUAAAUAUACUUAAAUUAUAUAAAUAAUA